UACAUAUGAGCUUACGCAAUUUAACCCUGUAUAUAAAAAAAGAGCCUUCAGAGUCUUUUGUCCAAAGAGUGAAUUGCAUGAUCUAUAUAUAUAUUUAACCAUCUUUAUCACAUCCAUUGCAUAAUAUUCAUUCACAACAUAAAUCGCUAUGGCUACUUCACUUCCCCAAUCAUCACCGCUUCAGGACAGAGUCGCAAUCGUCACCGGCUCCUCCCGCGGCAUCGGCAAAGACAUCGCACUUCACCUCGCUUCACUCGGCGCCAAACUCGUCAUCAACUACUCCUCCAACUCAGACCAUGCUGACUCAGUCACUGCUCAGAUCAACGCAAACCACGCCACUCCACGAGCCAUAACCGUCCGCGCCGACGUGUCAGAUCCGGAGGCCGUCAAGUCUCUCUUCGACUCCGCUGAAGAAGCCUUCAACUCGCCUGUUCACAUACUCGUAGUUUCCGCCGGCAUCGCCGACGGAAAGUUACCGAGCAUAGCAAACACAACGGUUGAAUCCUUCGAUCGCAUCAUGAGCGUGAACGCAAGAGGAUCGUUUCUCUGCGCGAAAGAAGCGGCCAACAGGCUAAAACGCGGCGGCGGAGGGAGAAUCAUACUUCUGACGAGUUCAUUAGCAGCAGCUUUUAAGCCAGGUUACGGUGCGUACACAGCGUCAAAGGCGGCGGUGGAAGCCAUGACAAAGAUUCUAGCGAAGGAGCUGAAGGGGACGGGGAUUACCGCGAAUUGCGUGGCGCCGGGACCUGUUGCGACGGAGAUGUUCUUGGAAGGGAAGACGGAGGAGACGGUGAAGAUAAUUGCGGAAGGUAAUCCGUUUGGUAGAAUUGGUGAGACCAAAGAUAUUUCACCUGUUGUUGGAUUUUUAGCAACAGAUUCUGCUGAAUGGAUCAACGGUCAAAUUAUUCGUGUCAACGGUGGCUAUGUUUAGUUCUUCCACGAGUUUGGGUGCCUUGUUAUAUAAAUAAAUAGGUGAAGACGAUUUCAAAAUUCUUGGUUUGGCAUAUUUUCUUCUUGUUCACUGUACAUCAAUAUUAUGAAAGUUUGUAAAAAUUUGUUGAAUAAAGAUGUACUUUUCUUGU